UAACAUCGGGACAUGAUUUUGACUAGAGAGCAUCUAUAAAAUGCUAACGACCGUAUGAUAAACAUUGGUUAAAAUGGCGUUAUUCAUUUCACGUGAAAGCCCCUUUCAUAAAUGCAAAUGCAUAUCAUCAUAUUUAAUGCAUGCCUUUGCUGAAGAAUAUUCAAAACCUUUGGGAUAUCAACUGCGAUCAGUAACUGAACAAGUUCAAAACCAAGAAACGAGUUGUCCACAAGUUAAAAGAUUAAAAAGAGAUAAGUUAACAGUCUUGAAAGUUCUUUCGUCAACUGUUAAACAGAUUCCAAAUAGACCUCAUUAUCGCAUGUGGGAUGAUGUUAUUUUAAAUCCGCGGUCCAAUAUUAAACAGAAUGAAAUCUUAUUGGCGCUAGAGUCAGGAGAAAAGGCAGCUGAUUUUGUUCUAGAAAAAUAUCCCCAUUUGUUUCCGCUAAGAGAACCUGUACCGCCUUGGCCAAAGAAAUCUAUUAGCAGUGAAGAUGUAGAAGAAACUGUUGAAAACCUAGUUUGGUUGCUACAAAACAGCAGUAAUGUAGAGAAAGUUGUUAAACUUUAUGAAAAGAUAAAGUUAUCAGAGAAGUUGUCAACAGAUGUGCACAAUCAAAUGUUAGAAUUUGUUUGUUUUCAUGAUGUACCUGGAUCAAAGGUUGAAAAUGGUGCCACAGAAGUAGUCAAGUAUGCUGAUCUUCUCUAUGCUGAAAUUAAAUCCUCAACUAACCAUAAAGCUCACGAAGUUAUGAUUCUUGGUUUGUUAAAGUACGGAAAAACAGAAGAAGCUUUUAAACUGUAUGAAGAAAUAAAUAAAGAAGAUUUUAAAGGUUCUUUGUUUUUCUAUAAUUCUCUUCUUACGAAUAUUUAUAACUCUUUUUCAAAUAAUGCUACUCGAUGGAAAACAGCUGAGGAUAUUACGUCAUCAAUGUGCAAAUUAAAAAUUACUCCAACUCAAGACACUUUUAAUGCACUCUUAUCUUUGUCAACUAAAAUGGAUAAUCCAAGUAUGCUAACAAUAAAGGUGUUCCUGGAAAUGAAGAAGUUAAAAAUUGAACCUUCGUUGGCUAGUUACUACUACAUUCUUAUUGCUGAAAAAAGUCGUUUAGGUUUUACUGAUAAUAGAAUUCUUGAAGCUGUCUUAAAUGAACUAAGUCAAGGAUCAGUAAAAUUUGAGCUUCAACAUCCUGAUGAUCUGAACUUCUUUAAUGCUGCUAUGGAUAUGGCACGAUAUAAAAGAAACAAAAAUCUUGCACAGCCAAUAUUUGAACUACUUAUGAAAAAUGAUAACUAUGAAUUUUUAUCAGGUGGAAAAGAUAGCCAAUUUUUCGGAAACUAUAUAUGUGCCAUGACAAGAGAUGCACCAAAUGCUGACGAGGUUAUUAGUUGGUAUAGGAAAGUUGUACCUCAGUACUUUCGUCCAAGAGACUGGGUCUAUCAGCAGUUGUUUUACAAUCUUAAGAGUCAUAAAGCACCACAGCAUGUUCCUGAGCUAUACAAAGAUAUGGUAUCUAUGCGAAUUCCAAUGACUGAGAGAGUGGCAUUACCAUUAUUUGAAACUCUAGACUAUGUUGAUAAUAUACCAAAGGAGAGAAAAGAAGAGUUUCUAAUAGUUGCUGAAGAUGCAACUAAAUGGUUGACCAUAUUUAAUUUCGAAGUAAGCAGUAAUAUCUUAUCAACAUUGGUCAAGAUUUUUUGUUUGUGCGAAAAAAAUGCAGAAGCAAGAAAAGUUAUUGAAGAGUACAAGUUAAAGGGUGUUUCUCCUAAUUACAGUGCAUUAAAAUAUAUGUUGGACACAAAUCUCAAACAGCAGGAUUUGAAGGGAGCAUUGGGUACAAUAAAAAUGAUGGCUGAUUUGGGAAUGUUUAUGUCAACAGGGGAAUUGGAAGAAUAUUUAAAGCAGCCAAUACUUGAAGGGAGGGGUGAUAUGAUCAAAUCUUGGUUUCAACGAUAAAUUACCGUACAGAAGUAUUUCAUCUUUUGUAUUAUUUAUUAUGAAAAUUUAUAUUUAGGAAGCUUUUCUCACUUUA